AUGACAAAGGAAGCAAUCCAGAAAAUAUGCCACGACACAGGCUUAUACCACCAGCCAGCCUUGAAUGAAAAGCUCUAUCUGCAUCGCCAAGGCUUCAAAAAAAUUGAGAAUUUGGACGAAUAUACCGAAGUACGUGCUCUGUGGCUGGGCGGUAACGGCAUUCGAAGACUUGAAAAUCUUCAUCCACUCUCAAAACUCAAAUGCCUGUAUCUAGAGCAGAAUGAAUUGACGCGGAUCGAAAACCUCCACUGCUGCCCCGAACUAGUGAUUUUGGACCUCUCACAGAACAACAUUUCUCGCAUCGAAGGCCUCUCGGGACUUUCUCGUCUCUCCUCCUUCAAGAUAGCUCAUAAUAAAAUUGCUUCUCUGGUGGUAAGUCACAAGCCGAACUUGGUACUCUGCAUGCUCAGUAGCUCCUCAUGAUAACAGCCCGAUAGGCGUCCUCCGUAUGCUGAUGAUGCUCGAAUGUCGCAGGAUAUUCUAGAGCUUCAGAGAUGCCCGAGUUUAACCAACGUUGACAUUUCCUACAAUAACCUUUCCCUCUCCGAAGAACAUCCUUCUGACUUCGAUUUGCAAAAAGAAAGCUAUUUAGCACCAGCGUGCGGCGCUACCGCAGAUCUUCCAGCUAGUGAAGCCAUUGUGGGAAUUGUGGAAGGAUCUAGUCAAAUAGAGAAAAUCCCUGCUCAACAGGCUCUAGCUGCUCGUCUGAUGGAUCCAGAGAAUUCAACGCAAAAUAGCUGCACCCCAAUCGUAGUGACCCCUUCAAGUCGUCUGACUGGCACGCCUGUUGAGCACUUUUGCUCCACAACAAAUACUGCAGCUAGCUCUGAAUUUGUAGAAUGCCUUAAAACCCUUCCUUCUCUUUCCUCACUAUACUUGAUGGGCAACCCUAUAAUCAAGCAAGUGAUGCAGUACCGCCGAACGAUGAUAGCAAAUUUACCAACACUUCGGUACCUAGAUGACCGGCCAGUUAAAGAGGAGGAUCGCGAAGCAGCCAUAGCUUGGUUCAGAGGUGGUUGGGAAGAAGAGAAGAAAGUUAUCCUGGCGCACAGGCAACGUGAGCAGGACAUUUUGAGGGGCCGCGUAUCAACCUUGAGAUCCAUGCAGGAGUCCCACCGGCUGAAGAUUAAAUUAGCUUUGCGAAGAAUAUCAAGCGAAGCAUGCGGGAAGGCCACAGGCAAGCUUGCACCGGCGCGGAGUAAAGGGGGAACGCUUGAAGGAAACCGACCCAACUGCUGGAAUGUUGUUGAUCACUGGGCAGGAGGAGGAGAUGAGCAGUCAAUGGCGGUCAAUCAGUUUCCUGACAAAGAAGUGGCGACUGGGAGUCCUGUCGUAUUCAAGCAUCUGGAGUCUAUCUAA